AAAAAGUUAAUAUCGAAUAAAACAGUUUCAGGGAGAUGGCCUCAAUUGUCAACAACGUAUGCUGCAUGCUUAAACUUUCAAUAUCAGAAACUUCAUCCUGUUUCUUACUGUCAACCUGGAAAAUGAUGAGAAAGAACUGGGCAUUGUGUAAAAAAACACAAGAGCUUUUCUCACUGUUUUUAAAAUUAGACUAUGUCUAAUUUCUUAGUAAUUCUGUUCUUCCGGUCCCGAAACGCCUCAAAGGCUGUUGAGCAAAUUAACAGUGGAUAAGAGUUAAUUGAAGGUUACUUGGAUGUAAACAAACAAUAUGGGCGUUUCUCUUUAAUUCACACUGUUUAAAAUAUUAAGGCAGUUGGAAUAUAAGACUUGUUCAAAGGAAUAUGUACAACAUAUUUAGAGAUAAAAUACUUUAAAAAAAAAUUUUACGCCCAGCAAAUUUUCCUGAAUAUACACCAGCGGUUUCUUUAGCAAAUACCCAAAAUAAAAAUGAUAUAUAAAUCUUUAAUUAUCCAUUAAUGUUUAUCUAGGAAUUGUAAGUGCCUCUAGAGUUAACAUUAUUUGAAGCAAAAGUUUGCCUUCUUAUUAGGCAAAUGGCAUAUAUUUUGGAGCUAUAAUACCAACUCUUUUUGAAAUCCUUUAAACAAUCAUACUGAAUUCAAGGGAGACAGAGAGACAGUCCUUUUUUAUCUAUAUUUGAAGAAGAAAUGAAACUGGAGGAGCAAUUUUUCUGAAACAUAUUAAACAUCAUUUUAAAAAAUACCUUUGUAAUAGCACUUGAAAUCUCUUUACAGGUAGUCCUCGACUUACGACCACAAUUGAACCCAGGAUUUAUGUUGUUAAGUGAGAAAUUUGUUAAGUGAGUUUUGCCCCAUUUUACAACCUUUCUUGCCACCCUUGUUAAGUCAGUCACUGCAGUCGUUAAAUUAGUAACACGGUUGCUAAGUGAAUCUGGCUCCCCUAUUGACUUUGCUUCUAAGGAGGUCGCAAAAGGGAAUCACAUGACCUUGGGACACCGCAACCGUCAUAAAUAUGAACCAGUUGCCAAGCCUCCAAAUGUAAAUCGUAUGACCAUGGGGGAUGCUGCAACGGUCAUAAGUGAGAAAAAUGGAACGCUCCAAUUUUUAACUACAUUGAUUUUUCUUAACUGUACACCAAUCCAUCAUAAAAAUGAACAAAUACAGCUAAAAACAAAGAUACACAAAAUCAUUUGUUAGGGAGAAGCACUUCAGAUCUAUGCAUUUCAAUUGUGAAUACAUGAAAUAAAUCAUUGGCGCAUAGGAGUGAAUAGAAGCACGGAACCAAAACUAGUGAACAACGGAGGAAAAAAUGAGCAAAGAACAGCAUUGCAGGUUGCUGCUCUUGACCCCAAACAUGUGGCCCGAAAGGAUAACGUGUCUCAUUCUUGACAUGUGCAGCGUCAUGCGGGUAGAAUAACUCCCAAGGCAAUUGCACUUUGAAAAAGAAAAUGCCAAAGAAAAAGAAAAACCUUGGCGUGAGCCCAUCGAGAAAAAAUACAAACCCGGAGACGGCAUCUGCUACCGACGCCUCAUCCUCACCAGCUUCGUUACAUGGGAUCAAUAAAGAAAAACUCAUCAGCGGACUUUCCGAAAUGUUCUCGGACCUGGACCCGACUGUCAUCUACAUGGUGCUGUCUGAAUGUGAUUUCAAAGUGGAAGAGACAAUGGAUUAUCUACUGGAAUUGUCCACAGCGGCCAAGGAUACAGUAUGUUCAUCGAAAGUCUCAGGUUUUGAUUCCCUGUCCGCAUUGCUAGUCGGUGAAAAUAACUCGAGCUGUGGUACUCGCGAACUUGAGGGCAACGAUGCUACCGCAGUUGGGAAGGGUGGCGAAGAAUCACAGCCGCCCUUGUCAUCUGAAGAGCUGGCGCUCUUGAUAGAGAACUCUCUUGAGGACUGCAGUCGAAAAAGUGAAGCAAAGGAAUCAGAAAAUGAUCGGCUCUUAGGUAGCCUGACUCAGGCUCAGGACCACAGUAAUUCAAAUUGCACUGAAUUAUGUCUAAAAUCCAAUGCCACAGCAAUAGAAAACUGGUUCGCUGCAUUGAAACCAAGUUAUAACGAGGCAGCUGAAUCAACAUCCAUAUCAGAGAUUGAGACAAAGGAUAUUUUGACCCCAAACCCAGAGAAUUACAGUUUGCCAGAAGUUGUCCUUGACAGUGGUGCCGUUUCGGAAAUUGUGACGUUAGCCGACAAGGCAGAGUCUUACACUGAGCCAAAUCAAAUGCACAAUGUUUUAUUUGACUUUACAGCAGUGAGCACCCUGACCACUCAACACCGUCAGGUUUUUGCAAAAAUAGAGACAAACGCCUUUCCUAAUUCUCAUGCUUCUUCGCAGGCGGCUGAAGAUCAAGGAAACGUCGUGACUCUCUAUAAUAAUCUGAAACAAUUCUGCGUCCCUGACCUGUGCGCAGGAUCCGGUUUGAAAUCGGCACCUAUGAUGAAGGAGACCGAUCCUUCUCGGCACACGUGGAGUUCACCAUUUUCUCUUUUUCAGAAAUACCCCCAGAAGCUUAAUUUUUAUCCAGCUUUUGAGUCCCAGUGUAAAAAUCAUAGCUUUGUGACUCCCAUCGCAAUCAGUCCUGGGAAAUGGAGACCACCUUCGGAUUUUAGGAGUCGAGGAAAGACAUUUUGCUCUCCGGAAGUUUCACAAUCCUGGGAGGGACUCUCUCCUGUGCCAAAGAAAUGUGGGAAUAAAAACGAGCGACAAAGACAUCAUUUUUCUCAAGUCCAACAACUGCCUGGUGGUCACCUAAUGAACAGGAAGACCUUCGCAGGUCACGUUCUGGUUCUCCUUCGAGGGCUUCCGGGAUCGGGGAAAUCCUAUUUGGCAAGGGUUUUGCUUGAGGAUAACCCUUGUGGGAUCAUCCUUAGCACAGAUGACUAUUUUUAUCAAAAGAACGGGCAGUACCAGUUUGAUGCUGACUCUUUAGCAGACGCGCACGAGUGGAAUUGGAAACGUGCCAAAGAAGCCUUUGAGAAAAGGAUCACUCCUAUAAUCAUAGACAAUACAAACACACAGGCUUGGGAAAUGAAGCCUUACAUUGCUUUGUCACAGCAACACAAAUACAAAGUUAUAUUUCGUGAGCCGGAUACUUGGUGGAAGUUUAAACCAAAGGAAUUGGAAAGGCGAAAUGUUCAUGGCGUAUCUAAAGAAAAGAUCAAAAGAAUGUUGGAACGAUAUGAACAUUGCCUGACCGCUAAUUCAAUUUUGAAUUCUUCAAUCUCAGAUGACAUGAGGACGCGCGAAAUCUGUGGUGAAGUCCUUCAUCGCGAAAAAAGGCAGGGGAAAGAAGAACAGAAAGAAUAUUUUGCCUCCUCUUUGAAAAGCGUAGAAUUAAAUCCAAAUGAAAAAGCUACUUUAGAAGAAGUUACGGUAGAAGAUCAGAGGCUUCAAAAUGAAAACAAAAGCACCGGACAUGAUUUACGAGAAUCCAGUUCUGAAUGUAGAAUAGAUUGCUUGGACCCUGCUGUGUUACCAGCAGGGAUCAAAAUGGAAUCCCUUCUUGAAACAGAGUUGAGACCAAUCUCGGAUUCCGGUGAAAAUACUCUGUCAUGCAAUAAUGGGGCGUUGAAACUUCAGAUUGAAGCAACUGCAUAUCAUGAAAUUAUGGAGCCAGAAUUCAGAGAGACACAAAAUAAAGAUGGAGAUCUAAAUUCUGACAGCUCAGUAAAACCCAGAAUGUUAAACUUUGUGGGAGACUGGCCAGUAGAACAAACUUUGGGUCAAAGGGUGAAAAGAAUUAAAAGAUUAGAAAAACAUGCCAGGAAGGACAAAGGAGAUUUAAGUGCGCCGACAUCUACUCUUGAUCCGUUAAGGAAUACAAGUGAAGAUAAAACAUUGGAUUUGAUAGACAGUCUUCAGGACCUGCCACUUUCUGAAGAUCGGCGUGAAGACAAAUGUGAAGAAAGCAGCUGUAGCCUUCCUUCUAUGUCAAUACCUGAGGUUGGUACGGAAGUCCAUACGACAGAAUUGCUGAUGGUAGGAGACUGGCCGGUCCAAACUUUACAGCAGAGACAACACAAGAUGAAAAGAAUAACCAAGCGAGACAUUAGCGAGUCAGAUGGAUUAGGAAACGGUGAAGAUGAUGUCAGCAUCGGUGAUGGGACUGCAGCAUCUCAGCCCAAUGAAACAUCUGCCGUUGUGGAAGAGCAGGGGGCCUCUUCGAAAGAGGAACGCUUUCAAGGGUCUGAAAUCGCAGCUUCUGAGCCUCUGAGUGAGAAAAAGCCGGUGCUAAAUAAAAGAACAAGAAAGCAUCAUAAAUUGGCUUUGACGUUUACCAACAAUUCGGCCCUCAGCAAACCAGAGGAACCCCUGUCUCUGUGCACUUGGAUCGAAGAAAAACCCAACCGAUGUGUGGUGUCCCAGGCUACCAAAUCUUCACAGACAGAACCACGAGAUUUUGCCCUUCUGUGGAGACUGGAGAGAGAGAUUGUCUUUUCAGAAGAUACAAAAGUACUGCACGGCAGACUCGACGGAUUCGUACCCAAAAAGGUUGAAGCCAUUCCAGGUUGCCCGGAAAAAAUACCCUACAAAGUCACCUAUGAGAGAAGCACCUAUGUAGAAGAAAAGGAGCUGGUGAGGGUCGAUGAAACGGAGAACCUCAAUAUUUUGUGUAAACUCUUUGGGUCGCUUUCGUUCGAUGCCAUCAAAGAUCUGUAUGAACGAUGUAACCGAGAUAUGGAUUGGGCCACGGGGCUCCUGUUAGACUCCGCCGAGAAGCUCUGCAAAGAAGACGACGUCGGAGACCUGCAGGAAGCAGAGGUUCGGCUCCCUGACGUGUCUCUUCCUUCGAAGAGACACCCUGUGCCUGAAGACAGAUUGGCGGGUUCUGUGGCAAUUACUCAAGCGACUGCAAUUUCGAAGAUUAUUCACAGAUCCAAAAUAACGAAAGUUCCCCUUGGCAAUGACAGUGAAAACCUUUCUGGCCUUCCUGUAGGACACGGCGUAUGUUCUUCAGGAGAAAACAAAAUUCAUCUGUUACCUGCUGCAGGAGACCAUGUCGUAGACCCAUCAGAUCUGGAGGUAGGUCCUUUGGACGUGCAAACGAAACAGGGAAUUUCUAGAGCACUAUCCGAGAACGAGGCGCGAAGGACAUCCUCGGUUCAUGAAAUGGAUGUCGCCGUUCCCGACGAUGGUGACAUCCCUUUGAAAGCCACCUGUGAUGUGGAAGAGGCCCAGCUUGGAGCAAACUUUCAGGAGGGACCGUUUUCAGAAGAGACCUCAGAUUUGAAGCUGAUGGAAGCAACCGAUUUGUGCAGUGCAGAAAGCCAGAAAUUUGAGCCGUGCAGAAAAACGGAUUGUAAACCCGGCAUUGUGGUUCCGACACAAAGUGAAAAGAACAUAUUUGAUCAAGACAACGGGACAAUCAAGUUGCAGAACUCCGUAUCUCAUUCAAGGUCCGUGACCAUAGAUUGUCUCGAACUGGUCUUGGCCCCAGAAUUAGCCAUGCAGUUAAGUGAAAUAUUUGGACCGGUUGGAGUUGAUGCAGGAUCACUAACUCCUGAUGACUACGUGGUUCAUAUCGAUCUGAAUUUGGCCAGAGAAAUUCAUGACAAAUGGAAAGCAUCUAUUAUGAAGCGUCAGAGGAGAGAAGACGAAUUGCACAAACUCCUUGAAGAAAAUCCCGUGCUGUUUGAGCGGCUGCACCCAGGCAAAGUGGAUGACGUGCUUUCCCAGUACGCGGCUGAUUUUCAAGAGCAGGAAAGUUUACCUACCGCUGGGUCGUCUGGAACCUCGGCAGCUUCCGAUGUUUUCCCCUACAUGGAUCACUGGAAUGUUCACACUCAGAGAGUAUCGCUGCGGGAAAUCAUGUCGGAAGAAAUUGCGCUGCAAGAAAGGCUAACGGUGAAACCUUUCCCUUGCAUUGCUAAAAAAGACUGUGCUGCGAAACUGAAGGAAAAACAACUUUUGGAGUUAUUCCCAACCAUUAACGCAAACUUUCUGAUGGACAUCUUCAAGGAUUACAAUUAUUCCUUGGAACCGACCGUCCAGUUUCUCAAUAGCGUCCUAGAGGCAGAUCCCAUAAAAACUGUGAUCGCUAAAGAGCCCGCUCAGAAUGCCAGGCGUUCUCCUAGCAGCACUUCAAAGACCCGAGAGAAAAAGGCUAAGAAGACGAAAGAACUGGAAGACAUUCUGAGCGAGAAGGGAUUCCAAGACACUCAAUAUCCAGGCUACGAGGACUUCAGGGCCGAGGCGUUCCUUCACCAACAACAAAGGCAAGAAUGCCUAAGGAAAGCCGGAGAAGCCUAUCGCAUGGGAAUGAAGCCAGUAGCGGCGUUUUAUGUGCAACAGGGUCAGCUUCAUGAGGAGAAGAUGAAAGAAGCCAACCAAGAUGCGGCUCAGCAAAUCUUUGAGAAAGUCAACGCUUCAAAGCUGCCUAUCAACCUUUUGGACCUGCACGGCCUUCACGUGGACGAAGCUUUGGGCCACCUCUCUAGAGUCCUGCAGGAGAAAACCAAAGAGUACAGCCUGACAGGCGGUAUACCGUAUCUCUACGUGAUCACCGGAAGAGGAAACCAUAGCCAGGGAGGAGUUGCGCGGAUCAAGCCGGCAGUUACGAAAUACCUCACCAGCCACAAAUUCAGGUUCACAGAAAUAAAGUCGGGCUGUUUUAAGAUCUUGUUGGAAUAAAAAGAAAGUCGCCAAGAGGAUCGGAAAAGCUGAGGUUACACCAAAGCAGAAACAACUUCACGUUUUAAUGGGAGAAAUACAUUGACUUGUCAAAAGCAAGGCUUCAGUGGAAAGGGCUUAACCCUCAGCAGGUGUUUGUGUCAAUGUGUUUUUCUCUACCAAAUCUUUUUUUGUGUGUGUGUGUUUUAAUGAGAAGUAUUUUUAUAAGCCUUCUGCUUAUCAAGAAGUACCCCCAGUAACUACCUUCGGAACAAGAAAUACGUUUUUCAAAGGGAAGCAGAGGUUCUGCCCUUUUCCGACUUCUAACAAAUAUCCAUAAACACCUGGAAUAUAGUGCUUUGGGUUUAUUUAUUUUUUUAAAAAAACGGUCUCUGUUCCAUUUUAAAACAAUUCUUGAAACGAUGGCUGAGCUUACGUCGGAUGCUUCGAAGGAGUCUGCGAGGUUUCGGGUUAUAAGAGCGAAUGAUUAUUUUGCCUCCUGUGUGUUUUUCACAAGAAUCCUUGGCUCACUUCUGAAAGGUGGCCUGGGGGUGUGUGGAAGGGUUGCAUUUAUUUUCAGGGCAAAAAAUGAAACGUAGUAGCUUGUAUCUCAGCUUUUCAGAUCUUUCCUCCUCCUGUUUAUCUCUCUGAUGCAUUGACAGGCUGCCUGAUGGGACAGUAAAAAUGUGAUGAGAAAGAACAGGCAGGUUUGGGCUUGACUGCUUAUUUGGGUAAGUGUCAUUUGCCAGAAUUGGGCUCUGUUAUUGCAAGGAUAAUUCAUGAUUUGGGAGCUCCCCCCCCCCUCCUCAAAUCGCAGCUUUAUUGGAAACCUGGUGAAAACAGUAUUUUAUAAAAAGGAAUAUUUAUUCAUAAACACAUCAGAACAAAUUCCAUCAGAACAAAAAAAACAACAUAAACUUGAACAACAGACUUUGAGCAACUCAACUUUUGAUUUUGCUCAAUACCAUUUACACGCUCAAGUAGCAUCCAAUGGCAUAUACCCGUGAUGGUGAACCUAUGGCACGCAAGCCGUUGCUCAGUUGAGCUCUGCUGUGCAUGCGCGUGCCCCUCCCAGCAGCCAGCAGGUCUUCAGGUCUCUGUCGUGCAUGUGCGUGCAGAGGAAUACAUGCAUGCAUGGGGGUGGGGCGCAUGUAGGGUGCCACGCACAUGUGUGUGGGGGUGGGGUACAUGCGUGGGGGUUGGACGCGCAUUGCAUUUGGGGGGGUUUGGGCGCAUGCACACUUCGGGCACUCUGUCCGGAAAAGGUUAGCCAUCACUGGCAUAUACAGUUUUAACGCAGUUCAUGGAUCAUCUUAGCAUAGUUCUCUAUCUCGGUAAUUAUUUUUGUAACUUCUUUGUCAGCAAAUUCUUCAUCCUUUCCAGUAGAGGUUCAUAAAUUCCUCUAGUGUCAUGUCACAAAUAGAGCAAGAAAUGCACAAUUGGGGGAGUGUUUACGGUGCUCUUCUAUGGGGUCAUCAUCAGGUUCCCAUUGCCCUAAUGCAUAUAAAACACUGUGCCACAUUGAAGCAUUGUCAGUAGGACAGUGAAUGAAUCGGCCGUCCUCUCUGCAGUGCAGAAACAGUCGGAGACGAAGGGCCACUGGGUAAAGGUGGCGGGACGGUUCUCUUUCAGGUACAAUUUUAAGGCUGGUGGGACCACCAGUUUCUUCCCCGCGAGAGCCACGAAGCCGCCUGAAUUGCAGUUUAAAAUGGGCUAGAUCAGGGGUCUGCAGCCUUAAACACUCAAAAGAGCUAUUUGGACCCCUUUCCCACAGAAUAGAGAACACCGGGAGCCACAAAACCCUUCCUGUGCUGACUAUUUCUUGAGCGGCCACAAAACUAGCAUAUGUAGUUGAAUUAAACCUUCUGUUUUCUUCUGAAACUUUUUGUUUCUUGUACUUACCCAUGGUUGGCCUACCGGGGGGGGGGGGUUGAAAAGCUCACGUGCCGGCAGGUAUUGCACAUUGGCAGUUGUGACGCAUAUUUUGAGUGACGGAGCCUCAGCAGAGGGAUGAACGAGCCACAUGCGGCUCCGGAGCCACACGCGGCUCCAGAGCUGCAGGUUGCUGACCCCUGGGCUAGAUGAUUCGACUUGGGAGCUUUUGAUGUUCCCACAGAACUCGGUAUGAGCAGGCCGAGCCUGUCAAUAUUAAGAUCUGCCAUUAAGCACAAUGAGCAUUGAACAACGAAUACAUUCAGGUCAAUCUUUGCAUUGCGGCUUCUAGAGAUGUGAGCAAAACUCCAGCCUGCAAUGGUUAUUGCCAAUACUUCUGGAAAAGACAAAAAAAACAAAAAAGGAAAUCCCACCUUCUCUGUCCUAACGCCAUAAAAAUGACCCAGGUUCUCUUAAAACACCAGCAUCCGUUUUAUGACUGCGUAUAAAAAAAAUGACCAGUUCUGAGCACAUACUGAUGUCAUUAAAUAGAACACAAAUAGAAGACUCUUAUGGCAGCUACUAUUCCAAUUAUUCUGCGUCAACUGAUUUUUGUGUGUUGUGUGGGUUUUUUUUGCACAGUGGUUUUGUCAAACUAGCAUCUGGGACGCCAAAGCAUUGUAGUGUAUCCAUGCAGGUCUUGGUAUCUUUGUGACCUGGUUUUUAAAAUCUCUCCUUAAGACAUAAUGUAAUUGUAAAUUUGAUAUGUUGUUGUUUUUUUAAAAAAAGAUGAGAUUGCCGAAGGGAAUAUGUGACUUUAUGGUGUUUUUAAAAACACAUUUGAGUCAGAAUAUAUAAGGUGAUUCCCGAACUGAAUUUCUGCCAUGGGAUUCAAUUCCUCUCUACCGAACCAAUUAAGACAAAAGGAAAUGUUUCAAGAUCAUUUAUUACUUUCUUGAGGAAAAACUGAAUGUACAGUUUUACGUUUCUCCUUUCAAAAUACAGCAGCAAUUUUUUUUUUCAAAUACUUUUCUCUUUUCACUAAGCUUUUUCCUUUUUUUUUUUUUAAUGCGGAUUUUAUGCAAGCCCGCAUUGUGAGUUCCAGACAUUUUUCAGAUCGUUUAAAACGGCGUUUCAGUAAAAUCUGGAACUAAGAACCAGAAGGGAAUAAAUUGUAAGCACGCCCAAUAAAUGCUACUUGCAAUCAGUGUUAUCCCGUCCAACUCAUAGUUGAAAUACAUUAUUUGAAAACUGCCCUUAUCUGUGAAUAACCAUUUCUCUUGGGACUUAUUUUUCCUGGUGGAUACAUUCUGAGUGUAAUGUUCCCAGAUGGUUCUCCAAAGUGACCAGAGUCCUUGUUGGGACACUGUUAUCCUUGAAGGCCCAAAUAGGUCUUCUUUCGUAGUGACUUCAAAUUAUUUCACUCAAAAUGCUUAUAGGGAAGGUGGACUCUUUAGAACCGCCUCAUGACCUGGAUCGGAUUAAGAACCGUCUUACUCUUCCAGAGUGUAUUAUGUUUUUAAUGUACAUUUUUUUCCUUAGUCGCAGUUUCUAUUACUGUGGUUUGAGACGGACCCAAGGAGUAGCAACGUUCUCCACCCACCCUCAAUCCGAAGAAAACUCCUAAUUGCCUUUUGUUUUAUGAAUAUAAAGAAUUACUGGGGAUAGUGAGAACAAGAGAUAAAUAAUUUUACAGAGCAAUUAUUUUCCAGGUUUGAAAAGCAGGAUAAUUGGCUAUAAGAGCAUAUUAAGUAGGGGGAAAUGUAAAUGAUUUAUUGCUCCAGCUCUACCCUCAUUCAUUGAGAAAUGUGACACUUAUUUGUAAAUCUUUGUUAUGGGUGUGUUGAACAAAACAAAUAUUUAGAUAUCUGCUUACUUCAUUCAUGUAAUUGUUGAAACAAUGCCUCUACAGUAAUCAUGGGACUUACAUGUUUCUAAUGAAAAACUACAUUUUGUAGUUUUGUAGUUUAUAGUCUGAAUAACAAUGAUUGCAACAUUACAACAUGCCCAGAAGUAACAUUUGUAAUAGAAAACUAAAAAUAGGGAAAAUUCUAUCUUGUAAUAUGCCAAAAUGUAUGGCAGAGUAUUUUUUUUCCUGGAGAUUGAGGGAUUUAAAUCAUUUAUAAUGUCCCUUCAUGCAAAUCCUUCAAUAGGAGGAUGUUUUAUAUUGUUCAAGUAGUUUGCAAAAAAUUUAGAUGAUUACACAAAUAAAACUGGGAUUCCAAAACUUAAGAAAAAUGAAUGCUAUAGUCUUUGAAAUCUGCAAAGAUAUUAAGGGAAGUCUCUUAAAUAAGUUGCCAACAUUUCCAUUAUUAUAUUAUUUUACUGGGCUUCAGUAAAAGCAGCAUUAAAAUUUAUUAAAAUUGAUUUUCCUUAGUCUUAAAUUGAGAGGAAAAAUGACAUUUCCUGUAAUCUUUUCAUUAUCAAACUUAUUUAGAUUAACCUCCAUAGACUUUAAUGAGGUAGGAACUUUGGCUAGGACGCAAGAUUUGCAAUAGGGGCUCUGUUAUUGGGGGGAAACGUUUCUCAGGGUAGCAGUUUCUAUGAGAAGUGCCUAAGGAAAAUAAAGCCUUCCCAGAUCCUUUU